CCCAAUUCAUCCCCAACUCAUCUCCACUCCGGCCGUCAACGCUCUCACAAUGGUUGCCAUCGCCCGCUCCUUCGGCGCCGCCCGCGUGGCCGCCCGCAGCAUGACCACCGCUGCCCGCCAGCCCACCCAGAACAGCCUCGUCAUGGCCUCGGCCCGCAACGCCUUCAAGAACAACGCCGGCCGCAACCUCAUCCAGAAGCGUGGCGUCGUUGUCGAGUCCACCGCUGCCGCCAUGGUCGCUGCCGCUAAGAUCCAGGGUGCCGGUCUCGCUACCAUCGGUCUUGCCGGUGCCGGUGUCGGUAUCGGUACGGUUUUCGGCGGUCUCAUCCAGGGUGUUGCCCGCAACCCCUCCCUUAGGGGCCAGCUCUUCCAGUACGCCGUUCUGGGUUUCGCCUUCGCUGAGGCCACUGGUCUUUUCGCGCUCAUGAUGUCUUUCUUGCUCCUCUACGUCGCGUAGAUAUGUGCAUGGCAUUGGACAUCCUGACAUCGGGUCUUUGGUUCGGGUCACAAAGGGUGGAAAAUUUUGCGGAUGGGUGGGUGCAUAGGAACGACUACCUCUUUUCCUUACUCUAGUGGCCGGUCAGAUUGUAAAACAUGUACUUUAGACGAGCAAUCUGAAGAGCAAGCUACCACGUCACAUGUCCAGUUCCCGAGGUACAUGUAUGGACGCUCCGUUACGAGUAGUGACGCGAGCGCAUGGUUUAUAAUGAUGACAAUGGACUCAAUUGAACACCG